AUGGCGUGCAAACAAGAACUAGCAGGUUGCUGUAGCAGGGUUGGUCGCCAAAUUUUCACCAAAAAGUCGCCAAGUUACCAUAAUCCAAAGAUUAACCUAAUUUAUUUGAAGUGUUGUGAAAUAUAGCCGAUAGAUGGCGCUGAUCCACCAUAACUGUUUUAAAAUCUUGUUAAUGUUUAGAAUGUAGCUAACAUUAUAUUAUAUAUCGUCAAAAGCGUAAAGUUGUGCCUGAUCAUGUUGUGCAAAUAAAGGAUUAAUAUCUAAAUAGGUUCAAUUACUGCCCUGAAACUCUUCUAAUCAAGAAUCAGACAUCAAAGCCACUUUAUGAACUGUAUAGCCGAAGCUGCAAAAUCAUGCUACAUUGGACCCUCUACAUUGGAGAUGUACGUAUUGAGCAAUCGAAUGUUUUUGUUCGACCUGUGCGAAUACACACCAGGAUCAACAUCUAGAUGGCGGAUGAAGUAUCUGGAAAGUGUUCCAUGUAUUAAUAAUCAAGAUUUUCACAAAUGUACUUCAGCUGUUAUUGGAGUUGAUAGAAAUUUGUUAGAUGUAUCUACUAAAUGCUUGGUUCGUGAUAAAUUGUCGACUUGUAUCUACAAAACCAUUUUAGACAUUUGUGGUGAGGAUGCUGCAGCCUUAUCCCGACAUCUUUUGAUUUUAGAAACUGAUGAUUUUACAUGUGCUAUAGCAGAUAACCAAACAGAGGAUGCCCAAACGGAACUUAAACCUUCAUAUUUGUUAAAACAUAGGAUAGGCUCCGAUUCAGAACAUGAACGUCAACACCCAGAGUCCUUGGACAAAAAACUGCAGUUAAAGAAUGAUCUAAUGGAUGUUAAAGAAUCAAAUAGCUCUCAAACUAAUUAUGUAAGACAAGAAAUUGGCAAAGUCCAUAGCACGUUGGUAUCAAAUAUUUCGAAACUUACUAAAACAUACUGUGAUUAUAUUCAUGACGAAAACGCUCAUUGCGAAGCAGACCGGCAUAACUUCAGAGAAGUUUCUGAAACCUCAUCUGUUUCCAGAAAUGUUGGUGAAAAAAACAUUGAUGUGCCAAGCCAGAGAAGUACAUCGGAUACUUCAGAUGCUAACAGGGAAGAACACUACGGCAUCGAAACUUCACAUGAUUAUACCCAAGACGAUAGGAGCCUUAAAUCGGAGCUCGACCACUAUCUGAAGUUCCCAGAUUGUGAAAAAUCUGAAUCUGAAGAAGCAUGUGUUAUAAACAGAGAACUGCAGUAUAAUGCAUUCAGCCAGAGCAAAGAUUUUAAAAGACAUGCUCCAAAUUCUACUGAGGAGACUGAUAAUCGGGAACAAAUAUUAGGCACGAAGGUUAAAAAAAUGUCGAGAGACAGAGACCUUGAUUCAGAUUUGCACAAUCUUUUUCUAACUCGGCUAGCUAAUGAGCAAAGCAAGAACUUUGAAAUACCAAUUUCAUUUAUAAAACCAGAGGAGAACAAGAGUAGAUCAGAAUUUCGUAACUUUAGGCAGGGAAACACUCUUGUGUUCUGGGUGGAUAUGGAUUUUAACCAAAUGAAAUAUUUGUGUACGUUGGCAACUCUUGCUAAUCAGACUACUUAUGUACUAUGUGCUGACGUCUUGAAGAACUAUAAUCCUGACUAUAGUUCUUUAGACAUUGAAAGAAAUCAGCAAGAAGAACGUACAACCAUUAUAGAACCAAAUACUCUCGAUACCGAAGAAAAAAGUGGACUGAAAGACUUAGAAUCAAUGCACUUAGAAGAGUAUUACAGUUCUAAAAAUGAGAAUUAUGAAGAAUCUGUAAAUAUCACUGAAUUCUUACGAAAAAUCGGAGAAAAUAAUCAUGAUGUAUCCAAAAUGCAGAUCAAAACUCACGUUCAUUCUGCAAGUGGGAAGGAAGCGAAUGCUAAGUCAGAAAUUACAGGUUCUGAAACUCCCGUGCUAAAAUCCGUAACUACAAGAGCUGAAGAGCUGCAUGAUACAUCGCCAAAAUCAUUUUCGGGGAGAUAUUUGCAUGAAGAUUAUAUUAAUUUAGAAGACCCAAUGGAAAAUUAUGAGUUUAUUGUAUCGGAUGAGCUCUCUGACUUCAUAAAUGAACGCUAUAUAGACCUAGAAAUUCCAGUCCUAGACUUAUCGCAUAAAUUUGCUAUUAGAUCGAUGCCCAUUAUUGAAAGAAUUGUGAAUCCCGAGCUAAACAUCAAAGCUUUCCAGUAUUCAGAUAGAACUGUGAACGUUUACUGGGGACAUCCAUUUAUACCACCGUUCAAUACAAUGACAUGCCGUAAGGCAAAUAUAAUCGAACAAUAUAAUAAAAAGACUUUCACAUGCAUUAUUACUUUAGACUAAAAUCUUGCCUAAAAUAUUGGAGGGUAUUAAAAAUAAGUCACAGAAAUGAAAUACGUUAAAUUGCCCAAGAUCUAGAAGCCUGUAUAACAACCAGUGAAAACAUGUAUGCAAUAUGUAACACUUGUGCCAUAGUUUGAAGAUGGAAAUGAGAAUUUUACUUCAGCAAAAUAACUGCGGGAAGUUUUUAACUCGGAUAUAUAUCAUUAUUGCAAGAGUUACUCAUUUUACUUACGAAGAUAAAGUACACCCACUGAGAAUGCAGUAAAUUUAGAAAAUGCUCAAUAACGAAUAUUUGAAAUGGUCCUAUUAUGAAAUUUUCUCUAAUCUGAAGUUUCAAACUGAGUUAAUUAUCAAUAUUGAUGUGCAAUUUAUAAAACUUGAAAUAAAUUCAUGUAGCAUAA